AUGACUACAGAUCCCUACGUAAUUCUAGGACUCCCUCAGGAUGCUGCCCCACCGGCUAUUCGAAGUUCGUACAAAAAACUCAUCUUGCAAUGUCAUCCCGACAAAGUUCACGACGAGUCGCUUCGUGCCGAAAAGGCGAUACAGUUUCAAAGGGUCCAAGAAGCCUACGAGUUACUCAUUGAUAAUCGUCGCCGUCGAAAAUACGACGAUGGAGUGAAGAACGCGGCGGCGGCGGCUGCCGCUGGGCCAUCCAAGAGUGGGGGUAGUGGUGGUCAGUCGUCGGAAGAGAGACAUAGGGACCGGGGUGGAGAGCGGGAGAGGGAGAGGGGGCAUGGCAGGAGUAGUAGGAGGAGGGAGGAGGAUAGGAGGGCUCGGGAGGAACCAUCAUCGAGACAUGCUGAGGACCCUCGAGAAUCGCCGAGGAAAUCGUCGUCGUAUCGCCACCAACACUCGGAACCCUCUUCAAGAUCCUACGAUGGUCAUCCACAUUACCCGGAAGAACAGCCUUCGAGACACAAGUCCUACGGCCAACGAUAUCCUGAGGAGUCGCCGAGGAAAGCCACUUAUGGUUCCUCGUCACAUCACCACAAGGAACCACCUCUGUCGUCCAGAGAUAUGCCCAGACACUCGCCUCCACAGUCAGCUCGUGAUAUCCCGAGACCUCCCGAGCCACAGCCACAACCUGCCCAGGAAGCGGUACGGCCCGGUUAUCUUGAGAUGAAGGCUGCUGAGAAGGCAAAGUUGGAGGGAAUCAGGAGGAAGUUGACGGAGGAGACAUCCGGAGGUAUGUCGGACGAGGCGAGAGAGGCUGGCAUAGGGGAGAAAACACGGGAAAGGGCUAGGCUUGAGAAAGAGAAGAAGGAACGUAAACUGAGGGAGGAGAAGGAAGAGAUAAUGAGGGAACAGGCUGUGCAGGAUGAAUUGAGGAGGGGAUUGGGAGGGAGUGGCGGAUUGGGAAGGAGUACUGAUGUCCCGCCCUUUCGGGAACGCAAAUCGUCAAAAUCACCGCCGAUGCGCAGAGGAUCAUCAUCCACCGCUUCUAGAGUCGGAGAGGACAUUCCGUCCACGCCGACGAAGAGACCUGCCUAUGUGUAUGGAUCCUCGGCCCCUCAGCACCCCGUCUACCCCGCCCCUCACACCAUGAAUCCUAAUAAUAGUCACGGCCCGAGACGGAGGCACUCGAGUCCUACCAUCGAAAAACAGGCCCAACGCAACCAACGGGAUAUUCCGUGUGAUUCCGGCUAUUCAAGUCCUUCAACUGACACACCUCUCACCGACAAGAAGAUGCCGAGUCCGGGGGCCACGCGAACCGCAACGGAAGUCCACCAUGGGUAUGUUUUGCUUCCUUAGUCUUGUUAACCUGUUCCCCCCUCUGACAAUCGCAGGUGCGAUCGCUCCGGCAAUUGGAAGCGAUAUACUUUUGAGGUUUACGUUCAUGAAGACGAGGCUACCGCCCCGGGCCCCGUGCCGACUCCACAAGGCCCUGUCCCGCAUACAACUGGUCCCCUACCCCACUUCCCUUAUCAAUAUCAAUCUCGUCGGGCUCCUGGCUCGACAUCUCCUUCGAGUCACCCCGCCGAGCCUGUUGGGGGUACUCUGCCCCCAGAGUUUGUCGAGCAGGUUACUGGAGUGCCAUAUUCUGGUGGCAGUACUAUCGAUUCUCGCUUUGGAUCGCCACCUAGCAAUCACCCACACUCACCACACUCGCCGCUUAGCACGCCGCCGCGACCGCAUGCACGGCAUCACUCACAUCGCUCACCGGGUCAUUCUCCUCGGCUCAGCCCUGAGACAUUUACACCGCCCAGUGUGUCGCGAUCUCAUACUUAUAGCACACAUUCUCGGAGAGCGGGCCUCGAUCCUCGAGAUCCCCAUUAUCCGGGAUAUACACCCGGUUUAGCGAGGGGCGCGACCUUUAGUUGAAGAUCCAUGCUAUGGUGGAGGUGUCUUAUUGUAUGAGGUCCUUCUUCACGACCCGGCAAUUCUAAAUGAAAUUGGGAUCCAUAGUUUUUUUCUCUUUUUUCCUCAGAAGAUUUCUCGAAAUGAUGUGUUAGCAACGUUCUUGGUUUUGUAUUCGCAGUCUUUUUUAUUUCGUUUCAACCGGUUCUUCUCGGUUUUAUUUGAUAUCUAGUUGAAUUGACAAAUAGGCGCUAGGGCACAAAUUUCGCUUUCAUUUUUCAAAUCCUAUCAAUCGUUCAUUCCCGCAGUCUUUGCCUUUUUGUUUCACGGCUCAGUUUUUAUUCUCGCAUGUUUUCUUUCACUCAACAACACCUUAAACAUCUAGCAGCUUUUUUUUUUUCCUUUCAUUUUCAACGAUUUAUGAAUAAAUGGUGGGAACUUUCUUUCUCUCUAUUUCUACAUCAUUCGUCGGUCCUUUUCAGCCUUUUUCACCUUGCGUUAUUGCUUUAUUCUUCCCAGUUCGCUGGUUUAAAGCUAGCCGUUGCGCCUUCGUUUGUUCGAAGUGGAGGAUAUCCUGUGCGCUAUGGUCGGUAGUCUCGUUUCGUUGUGGGGAAUUCCGGAGUUAAUGUGGCGAUCGUUUUUCCAUUUCUACGUUUCGAGUUUCUAUCCCGUGCGUUUUUUGUUUUUUGUUUUUUACAUGUUAUGGCAGUCUGUUGAUCAACGCUGGAGCGGUUCACCCGCGUCCGGGUCAGGGGUGGUGUGGUGUGUGUUUUGGGGGGUGUUGGAGGUUUGGAGAACUGAAGGUUUAUAAAGAAUUAAAUUUGUUUUUGGGGGUGGAGAAAAAAAUUGCUGUCGUGUGCAAGUGAAUUGAAGUGUGAGACUUUUGAGAGUCGAUGAACCAAAGAAACGGAUUUCGUCCUGUCCUAGCGAAUUUGCGGGGAUAUAGGUCUAAAUGGAUACAAAGAUGCAUACAUAAAUGCACGUUAAGCAAGAGUCCACUGUCCCUCUCGUCAACAGAUCGCAUCGAUCAACUGCAUAUUUCCGCGCGCCGUCUGCGAAAACUUGGCUGGGGGAAGAAGGUAAGGUAAAAUUUAUGUAGGUACCAUGAAUGUAGGUAUUACCUCAACGUUGGAAAGAUGAACAAGCGAGGUGGAUGGGAUGGGAAUCUGGGGAGGAGCUCUGGAUCUAGAAUUGAUGGAUGAAUGAACAGCUCAUGGUGCAGUUUUUAGUGGUGAAUAAGGGAUCGUGAGAUCUGAGUGCUGCUCGUGGUCACUGUGGGGUGGCGAUGGGAUGGGGCGGAUGGGAAGGGCGGUAGUGAGUGAGUGAGUGAGUGAGUGAUGUGGCAGGUGGCAGACUUGUGGGAUUAUAAAUUUAGAUGGCUGUAGCUUGAGCAGGGCAAUUUAUCACACUUUUGCUAGAUUGACCAUAGGCUUGUGUGGGAUUAACGAGAUAUUGUGCCCUAUUUAGUUCGAGUACUGUACCGGAGU